AGUAACGUUGAAUAAUAUAGGGUGAAAAAUUAGGGUUUUUGCACAAUCUGCAGGAGGGGUAAAUUAAAGCACAUUGAAUGCCGACGCGGUUUUAGUGAAGCUGCAGCAGGAAAUAAAAUUAAAAGAAAAAAAGAAAAGGAAAAACAGAAGAGGGAAUACACAGAGCUGACUUUAGGUGAGUCCAUGGCGGAGUAAAUGCAUUUGCUGUCAACUUUUUUGACUCGUUUGUUUUCUUCCUAGGUCACUCACUCACUCAGUACUACUCUCUUCUCAUCACACAUUAUACAUACAUACAUACAUACAUAUAUAUGUGUAUUCCCUUUCUAUAUAUAUAUGCAGCUAGAUCAAAUAAAAACCCUACGACCUCCACUAUACUACACCAUUAAUUUAUAGUACUGUCUCUUCUCUUUCAAUCAAGAUAAUUAUAUCCCAACAAGAUAAAAUCAAGAAGUUUUUUUUCGAUUCAAACCCAGAAAGAAAUUAAUACACAGUGUGUGUUCGGAGUUAACAACGUUGUAUUGUUUUGUAAAUCAAAAUGGGGAGACCACCUUGCUGCGAAAAGGUCGGAGUGAAGAAAGGGCCAUGGACACCUGAAGAAGAUAUCAUGUUAGUUUCUUAUGUUCAAGAACACGGCCCUGGUAAUUGGAGAGCUGUUCCUUCUACUACAGGGUUGAGGAGAUGUAGUAAAAGUUGCAGGCUGAGGUGGACGAACUACCUCCGGCCCGGAAUCAAGAGGGGUACUUUUACCGAUCAAGAAGAGAAGAUGAUUAUCCAGCUACAAGCCCUUUUAGGCAACAAAUGGGCAGCCAUAGCUUCUUACCUCCCGGAAAGAACAGACAACGACAUCAAGAACUACUGGAAUACCCAUUUGAAGAAGAAGCUGAAGAAGCUCCAAACCGGGUCGGGCGAUGAUGACCGACCCGGAUCCGGCCAUGGUUUACUCUCACACUCCAUUUCUAGGGGGCAAUGGGAGAGAAGGCUGCAAGCUGACAUCACCACUGCCAAACAAGCCCUUGAAGAUGCCUUGUCAUUUGAUAAGAAUAAUGAUAAUAAUAUUAAUAAUAAUUUGGGAUCCGAAUCAUCUUUUUCUUACAACAACAAACCUAGUUCUACUACUACUCAUCAUCAGGGUUUUUCGUAUGCGUCGAGCACCGAGAAUAUAGCGAAGCUGCUCAAAGAUUGGGUGAAGAGCACGCCGAAAAACGACGAAUAUUCAAAGUGUUCGAGUACUCAGAAUUCAUCGAACAAUGCGGUUGAUUUAUACGAAGAAAAGCCUACUCCAUGCACUUACAACAAUAAUAACAAUAAUGAUAGUAAUAAGAGCAAAUCCGGGAUUGAUUUGUCGGAAGCGUUUGAAUCCCUAUUUGGUUUCGAGACUUUCGAGAAUUUCGAAUCUUCGAAUUCGGACGAGUUUUCGAGAUCCGCUUCGCCGAGUGAUCUUGUUCAUGAUGAAAUCAAACCCGACCCGGUUUCGCUUGCCCCGUUAUCCGUGCUGGAGAAUUGGUUGCUGGAUGAUCAAGGGAAGGAUUAUUUGACCAACUUCUCUUUUGAUGAUCACAAUCCGGAUUUAUUUUAGAUUUUGUUAAUUAAUUUAUUGUUAUUUCAUUUGUUGGGAAAUUGAUUUUUUUUUUUAGGUCCUAACAUCAGACAUAUUUUUAUUUUCAUUUUUUAUUUUGUGUAUUUUGGCUUGAAGGGUUAUUUUGGUCCAAUGCUAAUCAACUUCUUGUUUUGGUUAUUUUUACUUAA